UCGAGCGUAGGGUAAUAGAACGGAUGGGUGUUCACAAAAGGAGCGCGAUGUCUGCUUCGUUUUGAAAUUUAACGUUACUGUGUAGUUAACCCAUUUGUGUCAUAUUGGUAACAAAAAUCAUAUUGGUGCUCCGAACCUAGGUCCCAGCGAUGACUACAAAGAAACUUGCCAAAGAAUUGGGAUUGUUGAGGCAGCGGAGUCAGUCCGAUGGGUCUAAGAAAUCAGUUGUAUCAAACCAAAUAUUUUCAUACCUGAUCGUGAUUGACUUUGAGUCCACGUGCUGGAGAGAGAGAAACAACUAUAGCCAGGAGAUUAUUGAGUUCCCUGCUGUUCUGUUGAACACUUCCACAGGGAAGAUUGAGUCUGAGUUUCACACAUAUGUUCAACCCCAGGAGCACCCCGUUCUCUCCAAGUUCUGCACUGAGCUGACUGGGAUUACACAGGUGCAAGUGGAGUCUGGGAUCCCCCUGCAGAUCUGUCUUUCUCGGUUUAGUCGCUGGUUGCAAAAACUGCAACUCGAGAUGGGUUUGGUCUUGCCCAGCAGACAACAAAGAUGUUCUGCACCUUCACCUUCUCAGAAAUUGUGCACCUUCCUCACAUGGUCAGACUGGGAUCUUGGAGUUUGUUUGCAGUACGAAUGUAAACGCAAGCAGCUGCAUAAACCUGAUGUUCUCAACAGCUGGAUAGACCUGAGAAGCACAUACAGGCUGUUUUACAACAGAAAACCCAAAGGCCUGAAUGGGGCUCUACAAGAUCUAGGACUACAGUUUUCAGGGAGAGAACAUUCUGGCUUGGAUGACUCCCGAAAUACAGCUGAGCUGGCAGCAAAGAUGAUGAGGGAUGGGUGUGUAAUGAAGAUCACAAGGAGCCUGGAGGGGACUCCAUCAACGUUCAAACCCAUGUUUGGAAACACAACUGCAGGUGACAAGAAAGAAAAACCCAACACCAACAAAGGGAAAACACUGACUACCAACAAACCCUCAUCAUCCAAGAUUCCUCUCCAAUCUUGUCAAAUAAAUUCAUGUUUACAGAGCAAUACUAGCAAUUUAAACACAAAGGAAAACCCAAAUUCAAUUCAGGAAUCUGUUCAAACCUGUCAAAGCCUGGUCUCACCAAAGACAUUACUGAAUGGUACAGCUACAAUACUAUGGGGCUACAACAGCAGCAGGUCAGUUAACACGAAGGCUGUUACUAGUGCUUCACCACACAAUAAGGAAAACAACUGCCUUGUGCUCUGUUCUACUACUGUGGGCUGCCUUUCAAAUCUACCUCAACCACACCAGCCCUCAAAUACCGGAACAAAUGUUGGACCCAUGGAGGAAGAGGAAAGUACAGAACUUCUAGUGGAAACCGAGGAGAGGUGUGGUUCCUAUGAUGACAUGCUGUUAGACAGUGAUGAUGUUAUUAAUCAAACUGAUAGAGAAUGGGAUGUUGAGCACAUAGGUUAUGACAGUGGAUGUUAUGUGUGGGAAGAGCCUGAGAAUUCACAUUCACUAGGGGCGUUCACAUUAGGAGACAGUAUGAGUGCUGAAAACUACUCUAACACUGAAGUAAUGACCAGUGAGUUAGUCACAACUUGUGUAUCUACAAAGACAAAGAGAUUGCAGGUUAAUAUCUCAGAUCAGUUAAAUAAAAUGAGGCAGCCUUCAGUAAUCCCAGAACCAGAUACAUGUUUUGCUGUACCUAAGACUGUUACGCAGGGCUCCAUAACACAUCAGGCCAAAACAGGACUUAAAACCUUUGUAGGCUUUAACAAGAAGCCCAGUGGGCUUCAAAAAUACUCUAAAAUGAACACACCCUCUUCAUUCAGUCCCAGGUCCUUUGUCCCAGAGAAGACCUCCACCCCUAACACCUCAUUGGCCAGGUCCAAAGCAGCCAUUACACAACACACAAAAUGCAAACAGACUCCAAAAUCUUCAUUUACAAUCUAUAGUGGCCCAGCAAAACGGGCUGCAGCACCGUCCUGUCCCUCUCUGUACACUCCCAAAAAUGUCCUUGCCUCUUUGUCAACCAACAUACACCCCUCAUCCAGCAGUCGUUCCUCCAUUCCUGUGAAACCUAAAGAAGGAGGGAAGAUCACCUCCCCACUGUGUGCAUGUGGUCGCCGUGCCAAGCGACAGGUUGUAUCCAAUGGUGGUCCCAACCACGGGCGAGGGUUUUAUUGCUGUCCAGUGCGCCGGUCAGGCAGUGGAGGCAGGAUGCAGAAGGGGUGUGAGUUCUUUAAGUGGGAGUCAUCACUGAAGAAGACCAGCUCAGUGGCCUCUGUUGCCAUCACAUCCUCUGUUUCACUCUGUCAUAUCAACUCAACUCUCAGCUGUCGUCCACAUCAGAGGUCACCACUCAGCAAAAGCUAUUAAUGUGUUGGAGAAACAGCAGUACCUUCUCAGUUAUAUUGACAUUGUGACAUUUUUGAUAUGAAGUAUAAUCACUUCUCACAGAGAUGGAUCUUCUCUACUUCUUUACUGUCUUUAAAACUUAAAAAAAAAACGAAUAAGCUCUAAGGAAACAGGCGACAGGAGACAAAUACUGGAGAAUCUUUAGUACACACCUAUGAAAUCAAAUUUUUUAUUUAACUGACAUUGUUUGAGAUAAAGAUGAUUCCAUGUUUUAUUAUUGAUUGUCAGCACAAUUUAAUCAACCCUAAAGCCAAAUUAGUUGCUUUCACAUCAUUGUAAUUGGUAAGUUUGAAUUUUUGCUUUGGUUAAUUU